GAUCUGGACGGCGGCCUGUCAAGAAAGCGCAAUGAGACCUCCUUUCUGUUUGGAUGGUUGUGGAAAGAUCCAAACUCGGACUUAGCUCCGGAGGCCCUCCUCCAACGCCUGCAUCCAAAGCUGCGUGAAGAGAUAGUCAAGAGGCCCCGCUUGAAGAAAUCGUUCGAAGAUGAUGUCAGAGCGGUCUUCAAAGCCUACAAGAAUCAAGCAUCGCUCGAGGAGUUUAGAGAAUUGGUGGACGGGAACAUUUCCGAGCUCAAUCACCGGAUCGAGGCAGAAGGGCCUCGACAUAUGCGUGCGUUGAUGAAGCACGCCAAAGAGUAUUCGCAGUACCAUGGCAUCGCCCAUCCUCUGCUCUUCGCCCCACGAGCUGCAUGCUGCAGCUGGGUGCUGCCGCUCCCAUUCCGAGAGCAUAGUGCAGGCUGCAGCGCAGCGGCCCCACUGAGAUACCGGAAUCGGGACGGAUCACAUUUCCUGUGA